UAUACAGCCUCCUGUAGCGCUGUGACAGCAGACGCUUUAUGACACGAGGAGGCAGGGAGCCAGUGGGCAAAGCUUAGCGGAGUCACUAAGCCGCUGUUUCCAUUCGCACCCGAGAGAGAGAAAGAGAGAGAGCGUGAGAGCGAGAGAGAGGUGUAGAUUCUCGAGCGGCAGAUACUCUUCGCCGACAGUCCACACACGGACAGACAGACAGACGGACUGCACCUGAGAUGGGGGAUGAAGUUGAGUCGUCUGCCGCUGGGACGUGUGGCGCAGUGCUGGUUCUGACAGCAGUCUGCAUCUUCCUGUUGCGAUUAUGGAUAUCUGGUGGUGUAUGCAAAAGUAAAGCUCGACUCGAUGGAAAGACAGUGUUGAUUACUGGUUCCAACACUGGCAUUGGGAAGGAAACAGCACGGGACCUGGCCCGCCGAGGGGCUCGAGUGGUGAUGGCUUGUCGGAACCUGGCGCGGGCUGAGGCGGCUGCGGAAGAGAUUCGGCGGUCUAUAGGAAAUGGCAAUGUGGUCGUCCGCCACCUGAAUCUGGCCUCUCUCCAUUCUGUUCGUGAAUUUGCUCAGGAGUUCUUAGCCACAGAGGAACGGCUGGACAUCCUCAUCAACAACGCAGGUGUAAUGAUGUGCCCCAAGUGGAUCACAGAGGAUGGCUAUGAGAUGCAGCUGGCAGUGAAUCACUUGGGCCACUUCUUGCUCACCAAUCUCCUGCUAAAAAUGCUAAAAAACUCUGCCCCCAGCCGUGUAGUGACUGUGUCUAGCAUUGCACAUGGUGGCGGAAAUAUUGACUUUGAUGAUCUGUUUUUCGACAAGAGGCCAUACAGCUCUCUGGUUAGCUACAAACAGAGUAAGCUGGCCAAUGUUCUCUUCUCUAAGGAGCUUGCUCGUCGGUUGAGAGGUACUGGAGUGAGUUCUUACAGCCUGCAUCCUGGAAUUAUCUACACAGAGAUUGGACGGCAUUGGGAGUCUUGGUACCCGCUGGUGAAGGCUAUACUCUGCUUGCCUUCCACCCUGCUGAUGAAAACACCCUGGCAGGGUGCGCAGACAUCCAUCUACUGUGCAGUGACUGAAGGCCUAGAGAACAAGUCUGGAUGCUACUUCAGUGACUGUGCUGAGAAGGAGCCAGCUCCGGUGGGUAACGAUGAUAAAGUGGCUCAGAGACUGUGGAAGGAGAGUGCUCGGCUGGUGGGUUUGCCCGAGGAGGAGUAGACUCAGCUACAGCUGCCUUUCACACUGCACAGACGUCUGGAUCGGAAGAAGUUAUACCUUGGAAUUAUGACGAGUGAAAUCUCAUGGUUAUCAGCGCUGUGGAUUAGUAUCUAAAAACUAACAGCAUUUUAAUAAAUCUGCCUCGUAAAUCUGCCUUAUAUUGGCCUGUUAACCCAUAAGAGCCCAGAGCCAUCUCUGAAUAGCGAUGAUACAUACAAAAUUGAAUCAGAUAAAUUCAGUUACCAGCUCAUUCAUGUACAUUUCUUACUGUGGGCACAUGAGCUUUUUUAAGGUUAAAAUCCUCUUGUAACGUAAAUGACACAACAACAUUUUAGAACUUGUAUUAGUUUUAUCUCCAGCACUAACCCAGCAUACUUUAGUAAAUAAGGGCACAUGAUCACACAUUCACACACUGUUCUGUAGUGAUGCUCUCAGGAUGUUCAGUUUAUGUCACUUACAGACUUCGAGAGAUAAAGGGAAGGACAAAGUGCAUUAAGGAACUUUACACAGCAUUUAAAGGCUCUGCGACACAUACGUCACUAUAGGUUCUUUUGGGUUAAGUCUUCUCUAAUUACCAGGGCUGUUUGGUAAGAUUUGCUAAGGGCAUGGUCUCAGCAAGGUAAAGCUAAAUAGAUAACACUUAACACCUACUGUACGUAAGCGCAUCAUGAUAUCUGACAUUGAGAUUCAUCCUUCACUGAGACUUAUAAAGAAUAAUUCCAACGAAGAAGAAAGUGCUAUGACAACUGGCAUUUGUUGGAAUACGUUUUUAUAAUUGUUUAUGUAGGUGUGUUGUCUUGGAAAAAUAACAAAUGUCUCUCAGAGACUGUGGAAUCUAAGGCACAUAUUUGUUUCUUAUUAACAGAGAUUUUCCUUCCUUUUUUUUUCAAAUGAUUUCCAUCCACACAGAGAAUAAAUGCAUGAGCAUGCUAGCCCUGUAUAUCCCACUCUAUUCUCUAAGUAAUGUUUAGUGCAAGUCAUGAAUUAGUGGAUUCUAUACACUAAAAAAGAGCAUUAUAUAUUUAUAAUAGACCCACAUGUAAAUUUAUAACUUUGCAAAUAAACUCAACUGUUUUUUUUUAAUCUAGAUUCAUGUGAAUGGGGACAACACAAACAUACACAUACAUUUCUAAAUGUUUAUUCCAAAAGGUAAAUGGUUAUAAAAAGGAUUGUGAUGUGAUUUUACCCUAGAGAGUGUGAUUACAACUGACAUUAUAAUGUAAUGUAGAUUUCUAUUGUCUUGAAAGAUGAUAAAGUGUCUCAGAGAGUGUGGAAAAAGAAUAACAUGAAUCAACAAAAAACAUUUCUAAAGACUUACUACAACAAGCAAAUUCAUAAGGGCUGUUUUAGUUGAUUGUGAUCUUAUAAUAAAUGGCAUUUGUUGGAAUAAGCCUUUAUAUGUGUUUUGUCAAGCAAAACUAAAGUUUUUGAAACAAUAGAAAUAGGGUUUUUGCAUGACAGCAAAGUAUUUUGGUUUAUGUCACUUUUUUAUUUACUAAUUUAUUAAUUUAUUUACAUGGGACAAUGCAUAUAAAUCAAUAUUUCAGUUUCCAAAUCUGUUUAGAUGUGCAAACGUUAACUAAUAAACUAAUUGUCAUCUGACCAAGUCCCUGAGCAUGUUAUUAUGGAUUAUAAGUUUAAUGACAUUUAUUUAUAUAUUUGUGAUAUUUAUAGGCAUAGUGUUUAUAUACACUCCUUUCCCUGUUAAUUGUACAGUUUUGUCCUGAAAUGUAUUCUCUGUUUAUUGAUAUGUGUCAUUCUGUGUAAGUAAAACACAUGAAUUAUCUGUUUUUUAAAAGUUUUAAAAUGUCAAG